AUGAGUCUUUGGGAGACUGUGCUUUGCACUUUCUUAGCGUGCCUCUUGGCAACCCUACUUGGCGGACUCCAUCAAAUAGGAGCAUUUCGCAAGAGGAAACCCAAGGAACCUCCAUUGGACAAAGGCUUCCUUCCAUGGCUCGGACACGGGCUAAGUUUCAUGAGGACCACUGAAGAGUUUUUGGAAAGGAUGCGGAAGAAACAUGGAGAUAUUUUGCUCGGAGGCAAUUACAUGCGUUUUUUGGUUGAUCCUUCUACUUAUGAACCCUUAAUGAAGGUAUUUAAACAAGUGCUGGGUUAUAAUAAAUUUACAUCAAUGGUGGCACGUAAUGUUUUUGGCCUCCACUGCACAGAAUCUAAGCUCCAUAGUUUUAAAAAAAUCAGUGAUAAGUAUCUCGGAGGGAAGUAUCUACCUGUCCUGAACCAGGAGAUGAUGGAGAAGUUGAAGUCCGUGAUGCUUCUCAGCCAGGAUUCAGGUGAGGGGAAAAGAUCUUGGCGGCAGGAGGGAGUCCUCCACUUUACCUACAAAACUGUCUUCCAAGCCUCUUUUCUGACUUUGUUUGGCAAUGAGCCACACAAAGAUGUAGACAGCAAAGAAAAUGCUAAGGAGAAUGAAAUGACACAACGUGGAAACUUGUCUGAAAAUUUUGAGAAAUUUGACCAUUUCUUUCCCCAUAUGGUCACUGGAAUCAUAGAUCCUCUGAACAAAAAGGAGACAGAGAGAUUGAAGAAGUACUUCUGGGACAUUCUCUCAGUAGAAAAGUUGUAUCAAAGGGACGGCAUCAGCAAUUGGAUAACUGAGCUAAACCAGCAGUUAACUGAAAAGAUGCGGACUCAAUUUCAGCUGCUGCUUCUCUGGGUAUCUCAAACUAACAUUGUCCAUGCUACCUCCUGGAUUCUUCUGUAUCUCCUGAAAUAUCCAGAAGUAUUGAAGGCAGUGAGGGAAGAAGUGGAGAGAGUUAUUAUUAUUAUUAUUAUUAUUAUUAUUAUUAUUAUUAUUUAUAUAGCACCAGUUCUAAGAGAGACCGCUCAGGAGGUCGUGGCAGGCGGCCCCUUCAUCAACGUGUCCUUGGAUAUGAUCAAAACUCCUCUUCUGGACAGUGCAACAGAGGAAACUCUGCGCUUGAAAGGGUCUGGUUUUAUCUUCAGAACUGUGAUGCAGGAAAUGGAUAUUAAGAUGGCAGAUGGCAAAGAAUAUACCCUCCGGAAAGGUGAUGAUCUAGUGCUGUCACCUUUUCUUGCACUGCAAACAGAUCCAGAAAUCCACCCUGACCCUCACACAUUCAAAUACGACAGGUUUGUGACCCCAGAUGGCAUAAAAAAGGAGUUCUACAAGAAUGGGAAUAAGCUAAAGUAUUACAGUAUGCCUUUCGGUGGUGGAACUGGACUUUGUCCUGGGCGAUUUUUUGCUGUUUAUGAAAUGAAGAUGUUUGUCUUCUUGAUGCUGGCCUACUUUGACAUGGAACUGGUUAAUGCAGAAGAAGAAAUGCCUACGAUAGAUAUAAGAAGACAUGGGUUUGGAACUGUAAAACCAUCUCAUGAUGUUCAGUUCAAACACCGACUGAGAGUCUAA